UGACCAGACUCGUAGGCAGCAGUUAUGACUUAUAAUUCUGAGAUGAUCGAAAAGGGUGCAGACUCUACUGCAAAUUUGAAAACAAAACUAUCAGCACAAGCAUACUGAAUGAUCUGAAAGCUCCAAAUAGAAGAAAUGGGUGACGCUUUGUUUGAGCUGGAGAACAAUCUCAGGUCCAAACAGGCGAAGUUGACGCCUGAUGAAACAAAGGUUCUUUCAGCUUGCAAGUCUAAGGCUAUGAGAGAGUUCACAUUCGGAGGUCUUGCCGCUGGUCUUGUAGCCUGGACAGCAUCAUCGAAGCUGAGUAAGUUGAUCCAACUUAACAUUUCAGGAGGAGCUGCUGCUAUUUUUGGACUGUGGAGAUUUUCUAGAGCCUUAGAUUCAUGUGUUGAACAUAUUCUUGCACUGCAUGGGAGUCGGAUGCAGGCAGAGUUGGCAACUAUAAUGGUGACAAAACAUCAGAAUGAUCGUCAGAGGAUGCUGCUUGUCUCUAAGCAGUUCUAUUGUGAGGAGGUUUUUGAUGAUUCAACAUCAGAACGCCCGAAAAUAAGGUGGCGUUAUCGUAACUACUUUAGUGAUAAUAUUGCCCUUGCUCAAAGAACACAUGAUAGCGACUCCUACAGCAACUCUCCAGAUGAUUCGGACAGCGUCUCCCAUGGUGACUAUCAAGAUUCCUUCGAUGGUGAUUCCGGAGACACCCAAAGUGGCACCCAGACCGACUCUAACAAAAGACGCAUCAAUUUUGACCCUAGACGAGUUCCUAUGAACUCCAAAGUUGGUGCACCGGCAGACCCUUUUGAAGAUAUAUUUGGUUAUCAAUCACCAAAGGAGGAGAUUCAGCUUCCAGACACCUCUAGUGUUUCCCCAAAAGCACAGGCUCGUAACCGUAGACGAUCUCACCACAAGCGUCGUGCUCAUCAUCAGGAAGACAUAUCAAACCUACAACAUGUGUAGCUGUGAGUUGGAUUUGAUAGACCUUCGGAUAAGAUCACUGUGGCGAAUUCUGAUUUACUUUAUCCAAUGUUUUAUGAGCUUGAAAGCCUUUAGUGAAAGGGUAUCUGCUUGAAAUACAAUAGUUGAGGCAAGCCAUUGUCAGUUUUCUGUUGCUGUGAAAUUAUUGAUGUUUCAUUGGUUGGUUUACAUUCGCCUCUUCAGACACUUAUGACAAGUGCUUCAAUAAGAUUACUGGAAAGCUAGUAUUGUGAUU